AUGGACAACUGUGGUGGUAGUGCUGAUAAACUGCGAGCAACGUUGUUGAACUGCGUAGAGCAUUUUUCAGGCAACCAUCAAAUGUGUGCUUCCGAUUCGCAGUGUAAAACAGUUGGUCACGUUCUAAGCACUCUCCUUAUCAAGGAUCCCGUGGCUGUGGAACUUCUGACGAAAUUUAUAAAAUCAACAACUGUGUACAAGUUUGCUCAAGAUUUUGUACACUCUAAAAAUACCUUUUUUGUUGAGUCCUUCAACAACACAGUGCUCAUUGUGUACUUAGACAAAAGGAUUCAUUACAAGAACGAGAAUUAUGACCUGAGGCAAAGUCUAGCAGUUCUUGACUGGAACGAGCACGUCGGACGAGAACACACGUCUGUCUACCACAUCGAGGAAUGUCGGCACCCCGGACAGGCAAGGAGGAAAGAAAAGUACGCAAAAAAGAGCUACAGAUUCGUAAAGAGCACUCGCGAACUGCUCUACCGAGCUGCGUCCAUGGAGGAUGUGACCGCCGCACUGUGUGAUGCCCCCGAAAGCGACGGCGAAUGA